CAGAGACGCACUGUCCGUCUAAGAAGAAAGUACAUUUUGGGUCAACACGGAAAAGGGAAUAUUGUUGUUGCAUUUAAACCGCAAUUGAUUCGGUCUCAAGUUACGUUUUUUAAAUCUAAAUGCGUUACGAGCGGAAUGACAUAGUAGACUAAACUUUUGAUUCGACGAAAAAUGGAGGCGCGGUUCGGAAGCGAGGUAGCGUCUGUCGUGGAGGUUGCCAUCCAGGCGGCGAUGUCAGUGUUCAGAGAUGUAUGGGCGAAAGAAGUUCCAAACACGGAGUGGGACGAGGCGAAGCUCGGGGAAAUCCAGGAGAUAGAAAAGUGUCUGGUAGUUCAGAUUCACGGAGUGUUCACGGAGUUCUCCUCCGAGCUGUUUGAGGAGAACGAGACUCUUCGGGCCAGAGUGGAGCAGCUGGAAGAUGUGCUUCAGAGGAAAGCCGGGCAGCUGGAGCAGGAGCUGGAGGCCAGAGUGGAUCAGCUGGGCAGAGACAUGGAGAAGCUGGAGAAGGAGCUGAAGAGCAUCGGUCAAAGCGACAACAAGGCCGAGGAAGAACCGACACACAGCGACUCACUCAUAGAAUCCUCUUGGGUUCUCGCCACCACAGAAGCUGCACCAAAACCUGCUGCCACUCAGGAUGAAGCGGCAGAAUCCACAUCAAACCCUCAGCCAGCUUCAGCAGAAAAUGAGCUCAUGGUUCCCAGCUCCACAGCUAAAUCUGUGACUGUUGGUCAACCUGCAGUCACGCCACUGGUUUUUGUGGGCAGAGUCGAUUCUGCUCCUACGGUGCAUUUCGUGGGCACCAACCAAGUUGUGACCCAGUCCCCUGCACCAUCACAGGAUGUGAGUGAAACAACAGGAAAGCCAGUCAUCCUUACAACAGCAGCCUCGCCAGGGUCUAUACCUCAAGAUGUCCCCAGUCCAAACUCCAGUAUCACCAGUGAUCUUGCAUUAUCUGAGCAAAAGAAACAGGUGGAAGAGGCAUCUUUGGGGAGAACAAGGAGGAAGAGGAGACCAACUUAUAAAGUUCAAAAUGUUUCCACUGAAAACAGCUCUGAAGAGAAGAAAAUUAAGCCAGGUGAAAAAUUAACAAAAAAAGACUCGGUGAUGGAGGAGCGUUUUUUCUGCGAGCAUUGUGAUGUUGGUUUCCAUUGGAAAGGUGACUUGAACAAACACAUGAAGAGUCACACAAAGCCAUUUCCUUGUGACCAGUGUGACAGAAGUUUCCUGACGAAGAAGUCACUGGAGAAUCACAUUUUGCGGCAUGAGGCGAGUAAAGUCCCCAGGCCCUUCCCCUGUCCUCGCUGUAAAAGAACAUUCAGAAAAGAGCAGUCACUACAGAAUCAUCUCAAGCGUCACCAGCGGCUGAAGCCACCAAAGCCGUUUGUCUGCGACCAAUGUGGGAAAACAUUCAGAAUCAAACAGUCUCUGGAAAACCACCUCUUACGCCACGAGAAAAGUAAGGAGCCACUGAAGUGCCAGCUUUGCGACAAGACUUGCAAGACUUCAGUCCAGCUGAGAUGUCACAUGGCUGUGCACUCGGAGGAGAGACCGUUCACCUGUGACAAAUGUGGGAAAGAUUUUAAGAGCAAAGACACUCUUCGCUUCCAUCAGAUGGUUCACACAAAUGCCAAAAAAUACAAAUGCACAAUGUGCGAUGAGUCUUUCAAAUACGCCCACUCCCUGACGGUGCAUAAGAGAAAACACACAGGAGUCACCCCCUUCAUAUGUACGGUGUGCAACAGGGCAUACAGGACUGGCACUGCUCUGAAGAGACACAGUAUAGUCCAUACAGGAGAGAAACCGUUCACCUGUCACAUCUGUGGGGCCAGAUUCAACCUGAACAACAACCUCAAGAGGCACAUUCGCAUUCACACAGGAGAGAAACCGUUCACCUGUAAUGAUUGUGGCAAAAGCUUCUCCGACAACACCAAGCUUAAGUCACACAUGCUUAUCCAUGGUGCUAGAAAGCCUUUUAUGUGUGAUCUGUGUGGGAAGACUUUCCUCUUCAACUGCAGGCUGCAGAUGCAUCAGAGGUACGUGCAUGUUGAUGGGAAUGAGGAGACGGAGUGCACACAAAGAUUAAUGCAGUCUAAACGGCGAAAUAAGUCUUUGGUGAAACCGUUCAGUUGCAAAAUAUGUCUGAAGGGUUUCAGUGCCGCGUAUUCCCUCAAACUUCAUGAACGAAGCCACAAUGAACAGAAGGAGUACAACUGUGGCAUUUGUGGAAAGGCUUUCCACAAUAAAUACUCAUUUGGCUAUCAUCAGAGAAGCCACGCAGGGGAGAAGCCAUUUGUUUGUGAUGUUUGUGGAAAAAGAUUUUUCCAUACUGGUAGUCUGAAGCAGCAUGAGCGGAUCCAUACUGGUGAAAAACCGUACAAGUGUGAUCAGUGUGGCAAGGCCUUCAGAACAGACGGAAACUACUACAGGCACCUGCGGAUCCACACGGGGGAGAAGCCAUUUGAAUGUUUUCACUGUAACAAGAGGUUCCACCAGUCAAAUCAACUCAAGUCCCACCUGCAGAUCCACACGGGACAGAAGCUGUACACGUGUCAGCAGUGUGGUCAGGGCUUCUCUGAUUCAAGGCAGCUGAAGAAACACAGCUGUGAUGGGUCGUGCCACAGUGUGUUGGCCACCAGUACGCAAAUAACUUAAGUUUCAUCCUAAUAACCUGCGGUGAGACCUGGUGUAGGUCACUUAAUGAACAGAUGAACUUAUUGAGAGGACAUCAUUUCUAUUUUUUCCAGUUUCAAGUGAUAAAGUGAAAGUACUUUGUAGUUGUCCUUGUUUUGUUGCUUGUUUACUUUCAUUUUAUGUAAACAGGGCUCUGGUAACACAAUUGUCAUUACCAUAUUAAACAUAAGAAAUUAAAAUAGUGAAUUUAAUUAAGUUUGUUUGAACCAAAAGAAAUGGCAGUUAACUGCAUUAUUAAAGGCAUUGAAUUGUCUUUUUUUCCUUUUGCUUUAGAGACUUGACUGUUAGGAACAUUAUUUUAAACAAAAACAAAUGUUUGCAUUUAUAGAACUGUGUGGCCAUUUAGUUGCACUCUGUUACACAUGAGAUUUCGCUGUAAAUAAAUGCUUCAGCUGGGUUGGGUUGAUGAAAAUAAAGGUUGGGUUUGUUUUGCCCUUCCUUUAAAAGGUUUCUUGACUAUUAUGGUAAUUUCUGAGACCUCGCUGAAUGAAUGGGAUCAAUGUGUAAUUAUUUUUGAGUUAAUAAAAAUGCAAAAGUACAAA